UGAACGUGUGUGUGUGUGUGUCUCUCUCUCUCAGUGCCCAGGCUGGCGGUGGUGAAGGAGAUGGUGCGCAGGCUGCAGGAGCUGAGGCACACAGAGCAGGUGCAGCGGGCCUAUGCCCUCAACUGCGGCGAGGGCGCCACCGUCAGCUACGAGCUGCAGCUCCGCGUGCUGCGGGAGUUUGGCCUGUCGGACGGAGCCACAGAGCUGCUGCAGAACCCCUACAAGUUCUUCCCAGAAGAGCGAUUCGGUGAUGAGAGCCCGGGGCCAGCUCUGCACCAGUUGGGCCGUUGCCGGGUCAACAGUAGCCCGGCGAUGGACAGCAUGUUCACAGACCUGGAAGGGCUGUCAGGAUUCCACCCUCCCUUUCCUCCCCCUCCUCCCCCCUACCACCCCCCUGCCACCCUCAGCCACGCUCAGCUGAAGGGGGCCUGGAGGCCGCGGGUUCCCAUGCCAACCCCGACCCGCUCCUUCUCCUACCCCUGCAGCCACACCCUGCUCCAGCGCCACGCGCCCAGCCAGCAGAGCAGCCCUGACUACCCCUCCUCAUCCAGACCCCCUCCGCCCCCUCCGCCCGACUGCACCAACCAGGCCAUGGGCCGGGCCCUGCUCGCAGACCAGCAGAUGAGCGUGGAGCCUGUGAUGAGAGAGUUCAUGCCGGACAUCGCCCGGGGGGUUUCGGUCCUGACCCUCAGGGAGCAGCACAAGGCCGAGAGGGUGAACGGGGAGGAUUCCACCCCCACGGCCCCCCACCCACCCCUGGAGGGGCAGUGCCCCUCAUCCCGCCACAGGGACAUCCACGGCCCCUCCUGUAAGAGACACGCCCCGGACCCCAAACUAGAGGCCCAGGGCGACUACCCCGACCACUACGACUUCUCCUGUGGACCCCCCACCCCCGGCCUCCCCCCACCCUACUACGCCGGGCCCGACCUCUACAGCCACAGCUGCAACCCCUCCAGCCCCCUCCCACCCUCCUACCUGUCUGACGGCCAGCCCCACGCCCAGGGACGGCCAGCCCCCGACCCCCUGAGGCUGGACCUGCUGGGGCUGCCCCCCCCGCCGCAGGAGGAGGCCCAGGCUAACCCUCCAGGGACCCUCCCCGGGGGGGGACACACGCCCAGGGGACGAGCCAACGAGACGGACCUGACCCGCGGGCUGGGGCACUUUCGGAGCUCCCCCAGUGGGAACCUGGAGGGGUAUGAAGACAGGCCCUCCUCCCACAGGGAAGCCCCAGAGGAGAGGCUGGUGGCUGGGGACACGUCAGGAGCAGGGCCCCUGCAGCCCCAGGGCGACAGUGUCAGUGAGGAGGCUGGCAGAGACCGCCGGGCACCCAGCAAGCCUGAGUACCCUUACAAAAAGUCGGCACUUUAACCCCGGCAUGGACCAUGUGGGCUGAGUUAUGAAAAGGGAACAGUGAUGGGGGAAAGAUGACCCCUCUAAUAUCCACUGCAGAGCACUCAUUAGUGUGACGUGUGAGAGGGUCUGAAUGUGGAGAGACAAAGAGAAGAGACAGAGUGAAGGGAUUGCAGGCAAUUGGCUAUUUAUAUGCUGUGAGUGUGUGUGUGUGUGUGUGUGUGUCAGUACUCUAUAUAUCCUGGUCACAGUAGCUGGAGGUCUGUAGGUUAGUGAAGGAACAAUGGCUGUAGUGUUGCUUCUGCCUGUGUGUUUGGUUUUAUACAGCUGAAUCUGGCCUCAGUCAUGCAGGCUGGGAAUGAUAAAUCAUGGACAUGUCUGUGUUCCUGUCCCUGCUCCAUGUCUGUGUUCCUGUCCCUGCUCCAUGUCUGUGUUCCUGUCCCUGCUCCA